CCGCCACUCUAUAAACGAUCAGUCACUCGAUAAAACUGUUGCCAGAGUCGUUAACUAGCCGUAAAGAAAAAAUAAAAACAUUUUGUUGUCACGGCAUAUUGACAGCUGUAAGUUGUUAGGCCUUGAUACAUACACUACUUGAAGACUUCACUCUUCUAGAACAUGAACAAACGUCGGGGACCCGAGCUAGAAAUUCUGGUGCACUAGAAUGUCCUGAUGUUUAUCCACUAUCAUUCUGAGGUAAAAUCUGUCAACAGGACAUUUCUUUGUAUAAGGAACCUCUAUACUCUACUUAAGAUCGCUGCAGCGUGUUCCCAUUCAUAGCCUUAGCUAUCCACUAUGCAUUGUGUACAUUUAAUGAUUUUCUUUGUAAUGCUAUGUUUGAGAUUCUCUUUUGGGAUGUUAACACAGACAUUCUUUAAGAGAUUAGACAACGUUCUGUUCACAAACACUACCACAACGGAAUUGUGCUGGCGAAACAGAUGCAGUGAUAGCUUUCUGUCAUGUAGUCUAGCCUGCAACAGUGACCCCACCUGUAGCAGCUACAACUAUAACUCUUCUCUUCAAACAUGCACGAAAAAUGUUGGUGAUAUCUACACAUUUGGAGGUGGAACUCUUCAGUCGUCGGUUGCGAUACAGUAUGUGGGCAAGAUUCAAAGUGACGUGACGGACGGUGCUUGGAUCCUUGUGUACAGAGCUCAAGCAGAGAACAACGUGUCAGCCUACGGCGUCUAUAACAACAGCGGUUAUGUGAGUGACAAGGACUUGAGUAGUCUCCCUUUGUCUUCUAUCUCUAAAACUGGUGACGUCACUUCCUCCCAUUAUCGCUCAAGAUGGAUAAAUGAGUGGCCGAGUAAUAUCUCUCAGCAGGUCAAAUUUGAGCUGUACACUCAAGGUCAGACUGUUCUGACAUUGCUCUUCAACGCUACGGGGAGCAAUUCAACCAACUGGUUUUCACACAACAGACUGAUACAGUCUCCAUUUACUGACCUGACGUGGCCACCCGUCAUCUUCUCAUCAACAGGAUAUCCCAAUACCAGAAGGAGAUUUUGUAUCACCAACGCUACCAGCUUUAUAGAUUGCACCCAGAAAUCAUGGCUUCUGGUCGAAGACACUGUGGAUACCACCUGCUCAUGGACAUCCGGCGCCACAAAAACUUUCCCCAGGUUUCAGUACAGUAAAACUAGCACAUUUACGACAUUCAGCACCAAAACCCAGGGACUGGCCAAUGUUCUUGCAGUAUUCAUCAAGUUCUGAGACGACCAAUGACCAAAUACUGGUUGAAAAAAAGAGACAACUUUGUCAAGGGAGAGAAACUUCACUACACUUGAUCAAACUCCUGCUUGAAUCGCUGUCUUGUAGCCAAAAGACGACGAGUAGACCGGAACCAACUUAGCAGUUCUAGUUCACAAACCUUCACUCUGUCCUGAUAUUAGUAUCUGAUAAUUUAGUAGCGAUUGAAUUGAUGUAUUAUUAUUAUUAUUAUUUCUACAAGUAAAUGUUUCAGUGUAUGUUAUAGUGUAUGUCUAGACAUGGUAUAGCUCAGUAAUAUAACUGCACUCUAACGGGUACAUAGUUAAAGGUCAAAAGGCUCUCAAUACAUUGGUCAUUUGUUGAAAUCCAGUUUUUUCAAAUUAAAUAUCUCAGAGAAUUUGUGCAAUAUUUCCAUUUUCAUAUUUUUGGACAUUUUCAUAUAUGGAGAAAAUCCAGGAAGAGCAAGCUUUUUGGUGCAGCUGGUGUACAGAAUAUGCAAAUAUUGAUUGGCUAAAUAUGUUCAUAAACGUUAAAAAUAUGUUUGUUUCACUUUUCAACACUGUAGAAUCGAAUUUUUAUCUCUCUCUCUCUCUCUCUUUUUUUUUUAGCAGAUAAUUUUUAUAAUUGAAUUGGCAACAGGCUAACAUGGAUCUUUCAGCAUAUCUUUGAAUGUUUUUGACAUUGUUUAUUGUCUAUUUAUUUCAAAAUCUUACCCGAUCUUCAUUUUUUUAGUUUGAGUUUCUUUUUUUUUUUAGGCUCCAUUAUAUAGCCAUCACAUUUGUUCAUAUCGCUUUAUCUUCUUUUUAUCUCAGACUAAAUUUUAUUGCUGAAUGAAUGUGAUAAAUUUCAGUAUUAAAAUUUGCAAUAUUAACUGCUUAUUAUUUAUCUCAUUUUACUUCUAAGACUAGCCACGCCCAUAUAAGAUCUACAAUUAGGACGAACUAUUCUCCAAGAAAGCUGGAAACUUCAUACAUCAAAUUAGUUUUGUUGUGAUCUAAAUGUUUUAGACUGUAGUUUUUCAAAUAAAACGAAUUAUGGGCCGUCCAGAUCUUCACCUAAAAUA